AACCCUUAGUCCUCUCUUCCCACACAAUCUCGGAAACCCUAGCUGUAGUUUCUCACCUCAGAUCUCUCUUCGUUGUUUCAACUCGCCGACGAUACACCACCAUGGCCGGUAAAGGAGAGGGCCCUGCCAUCGGGAUCGAUCUCGGAACGACGUACUCCUGUGUGGGCGUUUGGCAGCAUGAUCGCGUUGAGAUCAUCGCCAACGACCAGGGGAACAGAACCACUCCGUCUUACGUUGCCUUCACUGACACCGAGCGUCUCAUUGGUGAUGCCGCCAAGAAUCAGGUCGCCAUGAACCCCAUCAACACCGUUUUUGAUGCUAAGAGGUUGAUUGGCCGAAGGGUCAGUGAUGCCUCUGUUCAGAGUGACAUGAAAUUGUGGCCUUUUAAGGUUAAUUCUGGGCCUGCUGAGAAGCCUAUGAUCCAGGUCAGCUACAAGGGUGAAGACAAGCAGUUUGCUGCAGAGGAAAUCUCAUCUAUGGUGCUCAUGAAAAUGCGUGAGAUUGCUGAAGCUUAUCUUGGUUCCACAAUCAAGAAUGCUGUUGUCACAGUUCCUGCAUACUUCAAUGAUUCUCAGCGUCAAGCUACCAAGGAUGCUGGAGUCAUUGCCGGUCUUAAUGUCAUGCGUAUCAUCAAUGAGCCUACUGCUGCAGCCAUUGCUUAUGGUCUUGACAAGAAGGCUACAAGUGUUGGUGAGAAGAAUGUGUUGAUUUUUGAUCUUGGAGGUGGUACUUUUGAUGUCUCUUUGCUUACAAUUGAAGAGGGUAUCUUUGAGGUGAAAGCCACCGCUGGGGACACCCAUCUUGGAGGUGAGGAUUUUGAUAAUAGGAUGGUUAACCAUUUUGUCCAAGAAUUUAAGAGGAAGAACAAGAAGGAUAUCUCUGGCAACCCCAGAGCACUCAGGAGGUUGAGGACUGCAUGUGAGAGGGCGAAGAGAACUCUAUCAUCCACUGCCCAAACCACCAUUGAAAUUGACUCUCUUUAUGAGGGAAUUGACUUCUACUCUCCCAUUACUCGUGCCAGAUUUGAGGAGCUCAACAUGGAUCUCUUCAGGAAGUGUAUGGAACCAGUUGAGAAGUGUUUGAGAGAUGCUAAGAUGGACAAGAAGUCUGUCCAUGAUGUUGUGCUUGUUGGUGGCUCUACGAGAAUUCCCAAGGUUCAGCAACUCCUCCAGGACUUCUUCAAUGGCAAGGAGCUCUGCAAGAGCAUUAACCCUGAUGAGGCUGUUGCAUAUGGUGCUGCUGUUCAAGCUGCUAUCUUGAGUGGUGAGGGUAAUGAGAAGGUCCAGGAUCUACUUCUCCUUGAUGUUACCCCACUCUCUCUUGGUUUGGAAACUGCCGGUGGUGUGAUGACAGUCUUGAUCCCUAGGAACACCACAAUCCCAACAAAGAAAGAACAGGUCUUCUCUACCUAUUCUGACAACCAGCCCGGUGUGUUGAUUCAGGUUUAUGAAGGUGAGAGAACUAGAACCAGGGAUAACAAUUUGCUUGGCAAAUUUGAACUCUCUGGCAUUCCACCAGCACCCAGGGGUGUUCCUCAGAUUACUGUCUGCUUUGACAUUGAUGCCAAUGGUAUCUUGAAUGUCUCUGCUGAAGACAAGACCACUGGCCAGAAGAACAAGAUCACCAUCACCAAUGACAAGGGUAGGUUGUCAAAGGAAGACAUUGAGAAGAUGGUUCAAGAGGCUGAGAAGUACAAGUCUGAAGAUGAAGAGCACAAGAAGAAGGUGGAGGCAAAGAAUGCAUUGGAGAACUAUGCUUACAACAUGAGGAAUACCAUCAAGGAUGAGAAGAUUGGGGGAAAGCUUGACCCAGCUGACAAGAAGAAGAUUGAGGAUGCCAUUGAGCAGGCCAUUCAGUGGCUAGACAGCAACCAGCUUGCGGAGGCUGAUGAGUUUGAGGACAAGAUGAAGGAGUUGGAGAGCAUCUGCAACCCUAUCAUCGCCAAGAUGUACCAGGGAGCUGGUGGCCCGGAUAUGGGUGGUGCUCCUAUGGAUGAUGAUACUCCUGCUGGUGGAAGCGGUGCUGGUCCCAAGAUUGAGGAAGUCGACUAAGUUAGAUUACAAUUCAAUUUUGAAGUCUUAUUUAAUGUUUUUGUUGGAUUUAGUUGCGAGUUUUUUUUUAGUUUGAGCCGAGGACAAGUUUUUAAUUUUUGCUGUGUUUGACCUCGUUGGUCAUUUAUAAUAUGUACUUUUUAUUUACUGGGAUUUCAUUCGAUCCAUGCUAUUAAAUAUAGUUCAAUCGAUUUUUAA